CCCAGAUCCGCUGAUCCGCUGAUCCGCUUCCCGCUCUUUAGAUUUUCCCAUUAUCAUGAAUUGCGGUUCGAUUCAUGGUCUUGCUGGAACCCUUGUUGUGCCUUCCGAUAUGGAUAUGGACUCGUCGGACGCUCUCCGCUGCAAGUGUAACGAUGGUGCUCGGUGGCGGUGCAAGGAGUUGGCUUCGCCUGGGAAAUCGUAUUGUGAAAGGCACUUGAUCCAACUCAUGAAGCGAAGUCUGAAUAGAGUGCGGAAUUCUGGAGACGGAGGUUGCUGUUCUGGCGAUGGUAGAGUAUCGGCGAACAGGAAGGAGGUGAGAGGUGUGAGAUUUGGAUCGCAAGGGAAAGAGACUGAGGAUGAGCUGGAGCGGAAUGGACGUCUGGUGAGGAAGAAGAACAGGAAGCUGUCUAACAUUCAUUUUAAGGAUGUUACAAUCUCGAGUGAUUCUGGAAAACCUCAAUUCACGGCUUCCAAAUUGAGCCACGGAAAGAAUGGGGCCGAUUCUGCGGAAAGACAAGGCACGUCUACGAAGCGUAAGAGGAAUCAUGUUGUGGCGAAUGGAAAAUCGGUCGAGACGGUGCAGGAUAUGCCAAAUAAAAAGAAUGGUGGGAGUUUGAUGUGCCAUCAGUGUCAGAAGAGCGAUAAAAGUGGGGUUGUCAUUUGUUCGAAUUGCCACAGAAAAAGGUUUUGCUAUCAGUGUAUUGAACGAUGGUACCCUGACAGAACAAGGGAAGAUGUUGAGAAUGCAUGUCCCUGUUGCCGUGGUCACUGUAAUUGCAAGGCUUGCUUAAGAGAGUUUGUUGAGUUUGCCCCUAAAGAAUUGGAUGCAAGUGUGAAAGUAGAGCGAUUAAAAUUCCUGCUGUAUAAGGUUCUGCCCAUUCUCAGGCAUAUUCAAAGGGAACAGAGUUAUGAACUAGAGGUUGAAUGCAAUAUAAAGGGUGCUCGAUUGAAAGAAGUGGAUAUAAAAAGAAUAAAACUGGAUCAAACAGAGCGCAUGUAUUGCGACAGUUGCAACACUUCGAUCUUCAAUUUUUAUAGAAGCUGCUUCAACCCAAACUGUUCUUACGAUCUCUGUCUUAGCUGCUGUAAGGAGCUGAGGGAAAGUUUCCAUUCUGAAGGAAGAGAGUGUCAGUUGACAUCCACAUCUAAGACUUCUAUAGGUGGCACGUCGUCAAGUUUCCAGGUUUGGAGUCCUAAUCCUGAUGGUAGUAUACCGUGUCCUCCAAAACAACGUGGGGGUUGUGGAAUUGCAAAUUUGGAGUUGAGACGUUCCCUUAAAGCUGAUUGGGCUGCAAAGUUAAUAGAAGGAGCAGAGGGGUUUACAAGUGAUUACAAAGUAUCUGAUAGUUGUUCUUCUGAAGUCUGUUCGUCAUGCUGUUUUAACAAUAAUGAAGUCAGACAAGCAGCUUUCAGGGAAAAUAGUCACGACAACUUCUUAUACUCCCCAAAUGCUGAUGAUGUAAUGGAUGAUGGUGUUAACCAUUUUCAAAGGCACUGGAUGAAGGGUGAACCUGUUAUUGUCAGAAAUGUUCUUGACAAGACAUCCGGUCUUAGUUGGGAGCCUAUGGUUAUGUGGAGAGCUUUUAGACAAACAGGUGCAAAUGCCAAGUUCAAAGAGGAGACAUGCAGUGUGAAGGCCAUUGAUUGCUUUGAUUGGUGUGAGGUAGUGAUAAAUAUCCACCAGUUUUUUGUGGGUUACUUAGAAGGCCGUAUGCACAGAAAUGGAUGGCCAGAAAUGUUGAAACUGAAGGAUUGGCCUUCAUCAACUUCAUUUGAGGAGCGUUUGCCUAGGCAUUGUGCCGAAUUUAUUGCAGCACUUCCUUACAGCGAAUAUACCCACCCAAAAUAUGGUCUUCUGAAUCUUGCUACCAAACUUCCUGAAGGCUCACUGAAGCCUGAUAUGGGACCCAAAACUUAUAUUGCAUAUGGAUUCCAGGAGGAGCUGAGCAGAGGCGACUCUGUAACAAAGCUUCACUGCGAUAUGUCUGAUGCGGUAAAUGUACUGACUCAUACAAAUAAAGUUAAUAUUAAGCGUUGGCAACGAGAUUUCAUUGAAAAGAGGCAAAAACGUUUUGCUGCUGAAGAUCGUUCUGAACUCUAUGGUGGAAUAAAAAGCACAUUUGAUGAUACAAAAAGGGAUUCUGAAUGUGUACAAAAUAAGGUUGCAGAUCAGAAAUCAUGCAUGGCGGGUUUAUUUGCAACUAUUAGAAAAGGAGUUACAAAACCUGUCAAAUGUGCCAAUAAGGAUCCAUUAAUGAUUCAAAAACCAAGAGGAGAAUCAAAGUCCCAGAGCAGAAAACAAUUUGACGAACAUGAGUAUAACUCUUCCAAAUUAACCGGUGUUACUAUCAGAAAUUCAUCUGUAGACACGUUCAGUACCGGUGCUUUGGAUAAUAUCUUUUGUCCAAAUGGACCUAAGACUGCUCAUAAAGUAGCUAUUGCAUGCACACCCAGUCAGCAAUGUGGCCAAUCUUCUAAUGAUACAAGUAAAAUCUUUAAUGAAAAAUGUGAUUCAGAAAAAGCCUCAGGGCGCAAUGAAGUUAAUGAUCCAACAUCAAAAGAUUCAAUUACGGAUGGGGCAGAUAGUCACUUAGAAAAGAACGAAAAAAUGGAGGUUGCCACGGGUGGAGCUGUUUGGGACAUUUUCCGUAGGCAGGAUGUUCCCAAGUUACUCAAGUACUUGGACAAGCACCAGAAGGAAUUUCGUCAUAUGGAGUGUAAACCUGUAAAUUCUCUUGUUCAUCCAAUUCAUGAUCAGACCGUUUUCUUUAAUGCAAAACACAAGAAGCAGCUGAAGGAGGAGUUUGGUGUUGAACCCUGGACAUUUGAACAGUUCAUUGGUGAGGCAGUUUUCAUUCCGGCAGGAUGCCCUCAUCAAGUGCGAAAUAGACAAUCAUGCAUAAAAGUGGCUAUGGACUUUGUAUCCCCGGAAAAUGUGGAAGAAUGCUUUCGAUUAACUGAAGAGUUCCGUUUCCUCCCAAAAAACCAUAGAGCUAAGGAAGACAAAUUGGAGGUCAAAAAGAUGAUACUUUAUGCUGCAAGUUCAGCUAUCAGAGAUAGGUCAAAAAGAUGAUACUUUAUGCUGCAAGUUCAGCUAUCAGAGAGAUCAGGGAAUUGCUGUUAAAGCUUUGACUGAGAAAUUCUUCAAAUAUCCUUUUGAGUAACACGGAGA